GUAGACAAACGAUACUAAAGCAGACAACAGUGUACGUAAAAUAAUAUCGUCUUAAAUAGUUACUAACUGCAAUUCCAAUGUCUUAAAAGUAUAACAUCGAUGCUUACUAAUAAUUAAUAUCGAGGAAAAUUUAUAUUUGAUAAAAUACAAAUAUCGAUAAUUAAUUAAUUUUCUAAACAAAGAUGGAUUUAUCAUUUUUGAGGAAUAAUUCUCGAUUAAUUAGGAAUUUAGUCAGUUUUUGGAUAUUUGGAUUAUGCAAUAAUUUUGCCUAUGUGAUAAUGCUUAGCGCAGCUCAUGAUAUUUUGGAAUCGAAAGAGAAUUCAACUGAUGCAAUUGACACAAAUUCAACCAAUACAAAUACAAGCUACCAUCUUGUCUGUAAUCCAAUAUCAACUGGAGCUAUUCUCUUGGCAGAUAUCCUUCCAACUGUAAUAAUAAAGUUGACAGCACCAUUUUACAUGCAAAAAAUUCCCUAUAAUAUACGAGUGCGGCUUGUAUGUUUAUUCGCAGCUGGUUCAUUCAUCAUCGUUGCUCUCUCUAAAAACUUAGGAUUAAGUCUAUUCGGUGUUGUUUGUGCUAGUUUAAGCAGUGGAUUCGGUGAAAUAACAUUCCUUAGCAUGACAUCUUUUUAUAAUAAAAAAGUGGUUUCAACCUGGAGUUCAGGAACGGGAAUGGCAGGCUUAGCAGGAGCCCUUAGCUACGUAGGACUGCUUUCGGCUGGUCUAACACCUAAGAAUACAUUAUUGCUUAUGCUGGUUGUGCCCGCUAUAUUCCUAUUAACUUAUGAAUUGCUUUUAUAUAAAUUACAUAACGUUUCGAGAUAUCGUGCAGAAAGUUCAUUAAUAUUACCAACUGAGGAAAAUGCUGCUGAAAACUCUCCAUUCCUCUUCGAUGAUGACAUUGAUAAUGAUAUAAGACAAGAAAGAAAAUCUCAUGAAAAUAUUGUUUCGUUAUUUUGUACAAAUGCUCGUCUUAUUAAAGGCUUAAUUCUACCUUAUAUGUUACCAUUGGCAAUAGUCUACUUUGCAGAAUAUUUCAUAAAUCAAGCCCUAUUUGAAUUACUUCAGUUUCAUUCAAAGUUAACUUUCAGCGAGCAAUAUCGAUGGUAUCAAGCUCUCUAUCAAGCUGGCGUUUUUAUAUCAAGGUCUUCUGUAAACUUGAUAAGAAUCCGAUACUUGUGGCUAAUGCCUGUUUUGCAAACUGUUAAUCUUGUCUUGUUGUUAUGCCAAACGUUUUUCCAUUUUAUACCAAGCGUAUGGAUAGUUAUGAUUCUAAUAGCUUACGAAGGACUUUUAGGUGGUGCAGCCUACGUUAACACAUUCUAUUCAAUGACUGAAGAAGUACCGGAAGAGAAUCUUGAAUUCUGCUUAGGUGUUGCUACCGUAUCUGAUUCUCUAGGAAUAACUAUUGCCGGUUUUGUCUCAUUGCCUGUUCAUAAUGCAAUAUGCUCUAGAUUGCGUUAA